AUGACUGCAACCGGGCUUCGCACGCCUACAUUCGGAAAUGGUGACACGCCUGUCAUUCGGCUCGGUGGCAAGGCCCCAGCCUUCUCGGUGGCGGCGCGGCGCCGGGAGCGGGCGAAGGCCGUGCUGCCCAGAGGAGUGCCGCUUCCAGCAGUUGCAGGGCGCAGUUGGUCAAGUGACAGAGGCCAGUUUGGCAGCGGGGCUGUGCUGGUCCUGACGUUCCUCGGUUCUGCUGUGGCGAACCGGGUCGCCAACCGGAUUCUUCUUGUUCCCAUGGCCAAGCACAGCCUCUUUUUGUCGCUGGCGACCAGCGCAGUGCAGCUGACGGCCUAUGCCCUGCUACUGGCGUGCCGCGCCUGGCGAAGGCUUGCUGUCCGGCCCUUGCGGAUGUUCCUGGCUGACUUCUGGUUUCCUCUUUGUCUGACGGGGCUAUGUGAGGGAUGCUUCUAUCCCUUGGUCUUUGCUGCCGCUGCGAAAUUGCCCGGCGGACUGGUUCAGGUCUUGAAUCAGUCCAUCGUGCCGUACACCGUGUUGUUCAGUGUGCUGCUGCUGAAUCGCUCGUAUGAGCUCAUUCAGCUUGCCGGCGUGGCCAUUGUGCUACUUGGAGUGCUGCUUGCCGCGGCAGUGCCUCCAGGCGUGCCUCACCUGCCCGGCCAAGCUUCCCUGCCAGACGUGCUGCAGUGCGCAGGCGCUUACUCGCUGCUGGCGAUGGGGGUGACACUGAAGGACCUGGUUUUGAGAGGCUCCGAGGCCCUGAGCCGUCAAGAAGCAGAGGCGCUGCUGAAGCAGUACAAGCAAGGCUUUGAUGAGGAUGGAGACCCACUGCGGCGGCGGGGCCCAGCUUUGGCAUGCUCAGCCUGCCAGCUUGCAGCAAAACGAUUUCAAAGCAAAGUUGCGAGCAAGGUCAAAGGGAAGAUGACAGAGGCACAGCGGCGAUCUGCCUUCAGACUAGGCGUGGAAGCAGCCUGUGCAGAAGAGCUGUUCCCACAGCAGAUGGCUGUUGUCGAGAAGGAAGGCAAGGAGUUCUAUGUUGACUUCCAGGAAGCUAUGGGAAGCCAACAUGGCAGAGUCAGUGUCAAGGCCAUGAGCCCAGAGAUCAAGGCAGAUGCUGUUGCAGCCUGCCGCUACACACUGCAGGAAUACCGAGAGCGGCUGCUGCGAGAGGUUCUUGCCAUCCCGAGAAGCGGCCGAGGGUCGGACCUGGACUUUGUUGGCUUAAUUUGUGGGCAGAUGGCGAAGGUGUGUGAUCGGUCUGACGAACGCGACGAGCUGUGA